UUGCCAUGUGAACGCUUCAAUUGUGUAUGCUAUAUUUGUCACAGCGGAAGGAGAUCGAAAAAACAGCUGAGGAGUGCGAGGUUAUGUGGGAGCAGAGCGGGAGAGAUGACAAGCCUGUCCGACCGUUGCGGUAUUUCAUUAAGAACACUGCACGAAAGAUGCGGCGGUUAGCCAGCUUGCUAGGUUGCCGGGAAGCCGAAAUCGCUACAUCUUCCUCUUCAGAAGAGCGGGAGAUUCCUGAGGACGAGCUAAUUCUGAGUCAAGCCAUACUUCCAAAGCGUACCUCCAAGCAAGCCGCACGGUCAGCUUACCAGUUGAAGCCAAGGGGCAAGGGUCCAAACCGGUACACUCCGGAAGAUUAUGUCAGCCGAGGAAAGAAGGUUGUCACUGAGGAGGAUGAGGGGCCGCGGCGGAGAUCAGAUAUGUCGAGGAUGAGGAACGACGAGCCGUUCUCUUCAGAGGAGGAGGAGGAUGAGGAGGAGGAGGAGGAGGAGCAGGAGCAGGAGCAGCAGCAGGAGCAGCAGCAGGAGCAGCAGCAGGAGCAGCCACGGCAGCGGACGAAGAGGAUGGCCGUCCGGAAGCAGCCCGCGAGGACGGCACGUCGAGGACGCUACUAGGAUGUGCCCACGAGUUGUUGUGAACUCUAUAUUCAUAAGUAUCGAUUUGUGAACCCUAUGUCAUGUCGAACCAUGGUCUGUAAUGCUACUUGUUGUUUGAAUCUACGUGCUCCAAUGUGACCUAUGAAGUGUUAUAUGUGUAUGUCAUGAAAUUGCUACUUGUUGUGUCCAAUGUUGUACUCGUAA